GGCGGGCGGUAGCGAAGAAGAUGGCGCAUGUGAUGAAGGAAUAAAAGGAGAUCGCAGACGUCUCCCAGGUCAAGCUUGCUCGCAACCGUACGGGGGGGCAAUUACGAUUGUGUCCUUUCGGAGCAAGGGUGCGCUGUUGGAAAUUUCAACUCGCCAACCAACCAUAACCUUUUAAGCGAAAGCCGUGCCGGUCGCGAAGAUGGGUCGGUUUACUGCGGCCUUGGCCGUUGCGAGUUUGGUGGUCCUGGCAUGCGCCCUCCAUGUCGCUGAUGCCAAGGCGCCAUGUCCCUGCGCACCUGGGACGAAGCGCUGCUGUAAGGACGGUCCAUGCGUCAAGUGCUGCAAGGAUUGCGACUGUGGCCCUGGGAAGAAGUGCGUCAAGGGCGAGUGUCAGCCGUCGUGCGGCUGCCCCCCUGGACUGAAGCGCUGCUGCAAGGACGGUCCCUUGCUUACCCUAGUACUCUGGUUCAUACGAGGAAACAAUGGGGGACUGCGAACACCGGGAGGCGGGAAUAAGGCAUACUGCACAGAGCGGGCUCUACAGCAAUGGUUGAACGAUUUGACAGAUUUAGCGGGUAGGUUUCCAUUGUAGGAAACAAUGGAGGAUCGAGGUUGAUCUGCAUCCGCUAUGAUUGCCACUAGGUUCCCGUUUUCAGUUUUCAUGAGUCGUGACAAAAUAGAACUAGGCUCAUCACCGACAGCCGAGCCUCUGAAGUUGGGACUGCCAACACCGGGAGUCGUGGAUAAGGCAUAGUGCAGAGAGCGACGACAGUGCGCUCUUGGUUUCCCGCAGUCAUGGGUGACCCUCUAUGAGGCUUUGACACGGUGUCCGCCGUAAUUGAUUGGUAAAGAGAGGAGUCCAAACCUGUUCCUGUUCUCAGAUUGUUAGCCUUCACCCCAGCAGACCGAGCCGGAUCUGCUUUAUUGUUUGCUAACAAUGAAAUCAAUUUCUCAUUUUCGC